UUUGAUAUAUGGUCUUAUCAACAGCCCUACAAAAGAAAUAAAGGCAGUUCUGCUACUGAUUCCUCGGUGUUGCGACCAAAUAAACCCAUCCAAAUAAACCAAAAUAAAAUGCAGGACCUGAAGCAACCGGACUCCUUGCGCCUGCCGAAUGGUGACGCAUCCGCUGGGGAGGAAGUCAAGUCACCGUUCCUCAUCGGCGUGGCCGGAGGCACCGCCAGUGGCAAGUCAACCGUGUGCAAGAAGAUCAUGGAGCAACUCGGCCAGGCGGAAAUGGACCACACACAGCGCCAGGUGGUGGCCAUCAGCCAGGACAGCUUCUACCGGGAACUGACGCCCGCGGAGAAGGCCAAGGCCCAAAAGGGUCUGUUCAACUUUGACCAUCCGGACGCCUUCAACGAGGAGCUGAUGUUCGCCACGCUGCAGAACAUUCUCAAGGGGCACAAAGUGGAGAUACCCAGCUAUGACUACCGCACCAAUUCUCUAGACUUUGAAAACAUGCUGGUCAUCUACCCAGCCGAUGUGGUCCUGUUCGAAGGCAUUUUGGUCUUUUAUUUCCCCAAAAUACGCGACCUCUUCCACAUGAAGCUCUUCGUGGACACCGACUCCGACACCAGAUUGGCCAGAAGGGUGCCACGUGAUAUCAACGAACGUGGACGUGAUUUGGACGCAGUACUCACCCAGUACAUGACCUUCGUUAAGCCUGCCUUCGAGGAGUUCUGCUCGCCGACGAAAAAGUUUGCUGACGUGAUUAUACCGCGAGGCGCCGACAACACAGUUGCCAUUGAUCUUAUUGUACAUCAUAUCGGGGAGAUUCUCGCCACCACCAACAGCGCACAGCACAACAACACAGUCAGGGUAGCGUCGUCCAGCAUGAAGCGAGACCACUAAACGCAAAGUAAAUCGCUUCAGGGCCGGCCAACUUCCACGUCCUAAGCUUGUACUAAUUGCCAAAAAACCGAAUAUCCAAAAAAAAAGCGAACUUUCAGACGCAGCGGCACCAUAAGAAAACCUCCUAUUUUGUAGCGCCGGCAUCGCUUCUCAUUCGGUCUACACUCUGUAGCCGAUUAAUGUAGCUCUAAGAUUAAAAGUAUCCUUACGCAUAGUUGUAUCUACUUUCAAUACAAUACAUGGUAGUGUGUAUGUAAGAUCGUUUCUGCUCAUUAAGAUAACCCCAACUGCGUUUGCGCUCCCAGUCUAACACUGGUUCUAAUUUAUAGAAAAAUGAUUAAGUUAAUAUCUAUCCCUUUGGUCUAACCUUAAUCCCAGCUACCCAGGAUACUUUAGAGGGUUAAAAGCACUCUACUCACAAACACAUAUGCCACACAUCUAACUAUUGUAUCUAUGUUUCGAUGGCCGAUACUUGUUAAUAAUUUAUACAAUUACCUCUAAUCUAAUUUGUCUGCAUAUUUUGAUGACAACUGAAUUAAGUUUUCGGUCAUUUUGUGUUGAAAGUUGCAAAUUGUUUAUCUUUUGAAUGAAUAAGACGUUACUUGCCUCCAGUUAUAUGCUAAGAUUGAAAUUAUCCUCCAAUAAUAAGCCUAAGCACGUUUUAAUUCCUUAAACUUUAAAGUAAAAGUUGGAAAAUAUUAAUGACCUCUUGUUUAAAAACAGAGGUAUUCGGUUAAUGAGAUACUCUUGUAUAAUCUAUUUAACAUUCCGUAAGUAUCGGGCAUCUCUCGACUCUAUUUUGAACUCUAUAUAUUAACGCUGUCCCAAAUAUAAAAAAAAAUGCAAGAUAUACAGACAAUUGCACAGCAAUGUGUGAAGUUAA